AUGCCAGAUAACAUCGACACUAGUGCUAAAUACUUCGGAAAAAUUAGUGAAAAUGACGAUCCCGGUGUUCUGGAAUGUUUGGUGGAUUUAAUCAACGGCAACGAUUGGAGGAUCAAAGAUUUCGUCGUUAUUUAUGGCAGCAAAAAUAUUUUUUUCGAUUACGAUUUAAUCGAAAAAUAUCCGUACUUCGCGUGGAAGUUAUAUUCCGUGAAGAAGCUGAACUUGCAAGGAACUUCCAACGUGAUUUUAUUCACAGACAACUUCGAUAGCUUCAAGGAAACUAUCAACGUGAUCAACGUCAAGCCGAUGGAUAGUCGAACGAAAUACGUCGUUAUCUUGACCGAAAAUUUUGCAAGUUUGGACGCGAUCCACGGAGCUUCUAUGGACAUUCCAACGAUAUUGUGGAAGUUGGAUAAAGUACGCGUUAUUUUUCUAGUACCUUGCAGAGCAGAUAUUUUCGCGAUGACGUAUUUUCCGUUCGUCAACAACUGCGGUGUAAGCGAAUUGCAAACCGUCGAUACCUGGAGAAAGGAGUCAGGCUUCGAAAAACAAAUAAAAUUAUUCCCCAAAAAGAUGUUCGACGGUCAAGGGUGCGUUCGAUACACCGCGUUCACCACCGAAGAAGGCAUGGUACUGGAAGCGCGACGAGAAUUUUCGGAAACAGGCGAAGCUUUUCUAGGAGGUAUCGGUGGUAGACUCCUGACAAUUAUCGCCGAAAAAAUGAAUACAACUUUGCAGUUGGAUCCAAGACCGACGAAAACGUGGAAGGAGAUGAUAGACCAGGUCAAACGAGGCAAGACGUUUGCCAUGGUGGGUGGAAUGAUGCCAGAAGCUUAUUACUUGGAACACUUUGAUCUUAGCUCGACCUACAACGAAGUAUCAUUCGGUAUCGGCUACAGCACAAAAGGCUUAGAAAUUUCUUGGAAGAAUUUACUGUGGCCAUUGUCUAACGAAUCGUGGGCAUAUACCGGCGUAUCUUGCUUGUUAUUUUUUGGUUUGAUUAUUUUGGCGAACCGAUUUCUCCCCUCAAAAAAUCAACGCGAUAAAACCCGACUUCUCGAUGGCUUCGGCAUUUUCCUCGGCACUUCUCGUGCCAUGCCAAAGAGCUGUUUCAGGAGAUAUUUGUUCGGGAUGUGGAUAAUUUAUUCUUACCUGAUAAACGCGGCGUACAACACCAAACUGUUCAGCUUCUUAACCACUUCAAGACCGAAGCGUGUUAUCGACACCUUUGAACAGUUGCUCGAUGACGGUAUAGAGUUCGGUGGCAACCAAAACCAUAAAGAUUAUUAUUACGAUCCCUCGGACCCCCUGAUGAUGAAAAUUUACGAUAAUUUUCAAAUCUGGUCCAGAGCCAAGAGCGAACCUUGUCUAUGGACGCCGACUUGUGCCACCGGUAUCAUGUCAUCGACUGCCUACAUGUACAACAGUCAUCAGUACGGUAACAUCGAGUACCAAAUUCGAACACUGAAAGAUAAAACGUUUACCUUUUACGUGCCAAUUUCACUACGACGAGGCUCGCCGUUCGUACCAGGAGUUCAUCGUUACACUUUGCAGGCGGUACAAAGUGGUUUUGUAAAUUACUGGAUGAGACAUUACACUCGUAAGCCAGGUUCUUCGGGACUCGACCAUGAAAAUUUUUCAAAAAUUACUGUAGAACAUAUACGAGGAAUUUUGGUUCUUCAUUCCGUUGGGAUGGUUCUAAGUUCUCUUGUUUUCAUUGGCGAGUACAUUUCUCGUUAUAAAUAAAGG